GAAAAUACAUCCUGUUGUUUUUCUGCUCUGAAGAAGAAGAAGAAGAAGAAGAAGAAGAAGAAGAAGAAGAAGAAGAAACUUCUGCAGCUUUUAUCAAACUGUGUUUUUUUCUCAGACAAACAUGAGUCACGUGGACGUGAAGAACAUGAAACCCUCCAGCUUUGAAGACGAGUUUUAUGAUGAAUAUGAAUAUUAUAAUCUGACAGAUAAAUACUCAGAGGGUUCGGCUCGUAAAGGCAGAACCAAGAAGGAGGCCAGUGACAACACCAACAGACCAAACCCUUCAGGACACGAGAGGAAGAUCGUCGAGAAACUGCAGAACAGUGAGAAGAAAACUAAAGAGUGAACUCUGAGGGAAACUCGGACUCUUUAUCCCGGACGCUGACCUCGGUUUCCAUGGCGACAGAACGAGACGUGUGUUUGAGCCCCGAUGGGCGAGGUUGUGGUGAAGAGGAGCCGCACAUCCAGAUGCUCCAGCUGCAGAGAUCCUUUAACCACCCAGGGGGCGCUGCGGCUCCUCGGCCUGCAGGUGUUGGCAAGCACUCACCUGUGGUGGCGUGCACGUGGACCGUGCACUGUGAUUGUGGUGGUGGGAGUUUGGUGAUUUCAAUGUGUUCAUUGAUUUUCAAAAUAUUUCUCUUCUAUUAAAAACAUUCGAAGUGA